AGCACCAAACAGUUUGCAUCGAACGGCGGCCGAUGCAAGUUCAGUUUCCAACUUUAAACCGUUAAGAAAAGUAGACGAACAGACUAACGGCUACGCGGACAAUUUAAUAUUCUAAGCCAACAAAGACCGUGUGCUGUGCGCAGAAUUUGAGUGAGGACAAGCCUUUGCAUACUUAAAAGUCACAAUAAAAACAGGAAAAAAUUACUAAAACAAAUACAACAGUGAUUUAUAGCAUUUGUUUUUGUAAAUGCGGCACAAAUGUAGUAAACAAGAGGAAGAAUUAGCUACAAAUACAAAUUAUUCAGUUAGCCUAGACGUGGACAGAGCCGCAAGAAACCAUACAAACGUUAAUCACGUGUGACUGCGCACCUACGCAAGCCCCUUUAUAUUAUUGUGUAUGGUAUAAAAUAUAAAAAAGUUCCAACAUGAUUGAACGCGACGUCAUACACACAAAUAAAACUUCAAAACGCAUAAUGGACAUCAUGCAGGAUAUAAGUGAAUUCUUUGUGGUAUUUGUAAAAAUACUUUUAGAGUUAUUGCAUAGUCUUUUCGAAAAGUUUAUGACCAAAAAGCUGAAGGAUAUUAGCGGUGAGAUUAUAUUAAUAACAGGCGCUGGCCAUGGUAUUGGACGCGAAUUGGCGCUGCAUUAUACCGCAUGGGGUAGUGUUGUUGUCUGUGUCGAUAUAAAUGAGAAGAACAAUGAAGAGACUUUGAAGAAAGCUAAAAGACUUAUGCAAAAUUCUGUUUACGCUUACACUUGCGAUGUUGCGGAUCGUGAUGCAGUUUUGAAGUUAGCCGCCAAAGUUGAAGCUGAAGUUGGUCGUGUCUCUGUGUUGGUAAACAAUGUCGGCAUCAUGCCGACACAUCCGCUGGAGCAACAUACUGCUGAAGAGAUAAGACGCGUAUUCGAUAUAAAUGUCUUAUCACAUUUCUGGACACUUGAAGCAUUCCUGCCGCAAAUGAAGCAACAGGGACGUGGUCAUAUCAUAUGUAUUUCCUCGAUUGCCGGAGUUGUAGGGCUAACAAAUUUAGUGCCAUAUUGUGCAACUAAGUAUGCUGUGCGUGGCAUGAUGGAGGCGUUGCAUGAGGAAAUACGCGAGGGACCCUACAAGGACUUUAUAAAACUGACAGUUGUUUACCCCUAUAUGACCAACACUGGUCUCUGCAAACGGCCAAAAGUGAAGUUUCCUUCAAUGCUUGGCCUACUGGAUCCCAAGGAGGUGGCCAAACAUAUUGUGGAAGCACACCGUUCAAAUGUUAAUGAAACUACAAUACCUGGUAGCCUGCUCCAUGUCAAUAAUUGGUGUCGCUUGUUGCCUUUGCGUUGUGGUCUUUUACUUAAGGAUUAUAUAGAUAGUGGUGUUGAAUCAGAUUUGUGAAAUUGUUUUACCUUCAAGCUAAGCUAACUUCAAUGUUUAUUUUCUAAUUGGCUUUGUAUUAUAGUGUGUGGGUUUUGUUUUGUAAGUAUGUAUUUUAUAAAGAGUAAUAAAAUUGAUGUUCGGUUAUAUAUGAACAAUAAACAAAUUACGAGCAGUAGGAAAA